UAAAUAUUUAUACAGAGGGGGAACGACAUCACUUAUCCACAACACAUUCAUUCACAUGAGAGAGAGCUCAGGGAGAGCGAAGUUAGACUGAUCUGCUCUGAUUUACACAGAAACAUCACUUUUUCUUCAAGGUGUUUUUCUAAUAUUUUUGGAAAAAGGUUUGUAUAUCACGAGAACACAAUGAGCCUUUUGAUUCAUAUUUUUGGGGCAAUUCUCAUUUUUCAUCAGAUUGAAAGGAAUCCUGCCAAAGCUGGGAUGUGCUGGCUGCAGCAGAGUCAAGAUCAAAGGUGUGACAUGGUGCUGAUGAGAGGAGUGACCCAAGAGGAAUGCUGUGCUGGGGGCCGCCUUGACACAGCGUGGUCCAACACCAGUCUGCCCAUAAAUGAGAUUAGCCUGCUGGGCUUCCUCGGGAUUGUCACCUGUAAACCAUGCAAAGACACGUGUGAAGGAGUCAAAUGUGGUCCUGGGAAGACUUGCAAGAUGAAGAUGGGGAGGCCUCAGUGUGUGUGCUCUCCCGACUGCUCUCACCUUUCACGGAAGCAUGCUGUGUGCGGCAGUGAUGGGAAGUCAUACAAGGAUGAGUGUGCACUGCUGAUGGCCCGCUGCAUGGGACACCCCGAUCUGGAGGUCAUGUACCAGGGAGAGUGCAAAAAGUCGUGCACCAAUGUGGUGUGUCCAGGAACUCACACUUGCGUGACUGACCAGACCAAUAGCGCUCACUGUGUUAUGUGCCGCACUGUACCUUGCCCAAUACCCAUGCCGUCUGAGCAGCCAAUCUGUGGUAACGACAACAUCACUUACCCAAGUGCCUGUCACCUCCGCCGGGCCACCUGUUUCCUCGGCCGCUCCAUAGGAGUUCGCCACUACGGUCACUGCAACAAUCCACCUCGGAAACCUCACCAUUUCAAAGGCAGUGAAGAAAACGCAGUCUAGAUGGGCCAUUCCUGACAUGGCGCUCUUGCAGAAUGAGUUGAUCCAAAAACAUUUCACACCACUAGUGUCCUGUGAUGACCUCUAUUUUUUUUUUUUCCUUUUGACAAUCACUCCUGUUUCCCCAUGUAAACAAAUGUAAUCUGAUAGUGUUGGAGAACACAGACAUUAAACUGCACACACAUGUAACUGCCUCAAAAAGCAACGUAUGUUAAAUGUGUGUUAUUUUGGGAAGUAGAGUUGAGACCGAUGACUGAUUUUGUCUUGAGAUACAUCUUUAUCGCAUGAGCUCUUUGGGAGACGUGUGCAUAUUGUAAAUAGAAUACCAGUACUAUUUAUUGGAGAACAUAUCACACUCUAUUUAUAUUUUUAAUCGCAGUUAGAAAUUCAUAUAGCCAUGGAAAAGCUGAUGUAAAAUGUAUUUAUUGUUUUGGUUUGGUUUGUUUGUGUAUGUAUAAAAGCAGCCACUGGCUUUGGCAUUUUACAACUUUCUACAGUCUUCAUUGCCCUUAAACAAACCGUUUUCCCUCAAGCUGAUGGCAAGUGAGGCUAAUUUGUUUGGAAAGUUGAUACCGCUUUUAUAGUCUGACAGUCUGGUUUCAAUUCGCCAGUGAACAAGAACAUUACCACUACAGUUUUACUGUAUGUGCCUUAGCUUCAGUUAGGGUAGUGAGGAAAGUGUUCAGUCUAAACAAACCUGUAUAGUCUUGCUUCCUCCCCUCUUCCCACCCCCACACAGACAUGUUUACUCUGGAUCCUAGUAUAAACUCUUGGCCACCCGCUGAUCACUAAAAUUAACAGUUUGGUUGUGUUUGUAGCAGCCUCAGAAGACUGUUGGUACAACCCCAAGCUCUUCACAAUACCUCCUCUGUUGAGUUCUUGGCUUUGUUUUGUAAAUGCAUUUUUUUUUAAGUCAUGCUAGUUUGUUUUGUUGUGAUGCUGGUUGUUGCUUUCAUUCGACUGCAGUGCGUUUUCCCCCCAAACUUACUGAACAAAUGUUAAUAGCACCACUGAAUUUAAAGGUAGAUUAAAUUUAUCUGGAACUGGAUUUAACUUUUUGGACGAUUGAACUAAAUUGUCGCUGUGCAUUCAUGCUGUGUUGGUCUGCUGGUCAUGCUGUUUAAACCUACACAUAUCUACAUGGAUGACAAAUUCUUAAUGGUCCAAUUAAAUCUUUUACAGUCUGAGUAGUUCUCUGGAUUUAUUAGAUCAGAUAGUCCUUCUGUCAUUUUUACAGGACAUUUCAAUGAUCCUUUUGUAUAUAACAGUUUUAUGUGUACCUACAUGUGUACCUACUGUGAAAAUGGAAUUAUAAAUGCAUCAGCAUAUUUUUGUAUUUUUGUACUGACUUUUAAGGCAAUAUAAAGUUUAAUAUUUGUCCAAAAAUGCCUCCUUUAUUUCAAGAUAUAUUAAAGAGAGAA